GCCAGUUUGUUUUCUCGCUUCCACGCAGAUCAGGACCACAACAAAACUUUGAAACUUCCUCACGAGCCUACGGAAGGCGUCUUCUAACUUUUGGCCCGCUUCUGUUGAGUUUGUCCUGAUCAUUUUGUUCUGCUGCAGCGAUGAUGUUCAACUCUUUCAACCCGGAGUGCGACUCGUCUUCCCGGUGCAGCACCGCGUCUCCCGCCGGUGACAACGUGGGCUACUACCCGUCACCCGCCGGCUCUUACUCCAGCUUGGGAUCCCCACAGUCUCAGGAUUUCACCGACCUGACAACCUCAAGUGCCUCCUUCGUUCCCACGGUAACGGCCAUCUCCACCUGCCCAGACCUGCAGUGGAUGGUCCAGCCGCUUAUCUCCUCCGUGGCCCCGUCACACAGGGCUCACCCCUACGGCUCCAGACCUAGCCCUGCCUACCCCGGGGCGGCCAUGAGGGCUUCUGCAUCCCGGCCUCACGGCUCCAACAAGAGGAGUAGAGUGGAACAGAUUUCUCCAGAAGAGGAGGAGAAAAAGAGAGUCCGCAGGGAGCGGAACAAGCAGGCGGCCGCUAAAUGCCGCAACAGGAGGCGAGAGCUGACCGACACUCUUCAAGCUGAAACUGAUGAGUUGGAGGACGAGAAGUCCAGCCUGCAGAAUGACAUCGCAAACCUUUUGAAGGAGAAGGAGAGGCUGGAGUUCAUCCUGGCGGCCCACCGGCCCAUCUGCAAAGUCCCAGCUGAGUUGGACGCCGACUUCCCAGUGGCGUCCAUCUCUCCUGCCCACUCCGAGAGCCCCCAGCCUAGCACGACUACGGCCAUCUUCUCCGGCGCCACCACGGUGAAAAUGUCCGACUUGGACGCCUCCGCCGUGCUGGAGGAAUCGCUGGACCUCCUCGCCAAGACGGAGCUGGAGAGGUCGUCAAGGUCCGUCCCCGAGGUGGACCUGUCCAGCUCGAUGUGCGCCGCCCAGGACUGGGAGGUGCUGCACCCGUCUGUGAGCAGAGGCGACUUUGAGCCCCUGUGCACGCCCGUGGUGACCUGCACCCCAACGUGCACCACCUUCACGUCCUCCUUCAUGUUCACCUUCCCCGAGGCGGACACCUUGCCCACGUGCGGCGUGGCCCACAGGAGGGGCAGCAGCAACGAGCAGUCGUCCGAUUCGCUUAGCUCCCCGACGCUGCUGGCCCUUUAAGAGACUCUUUCAUGAAUUGGCACACUGUCUGUGCAUAUAAAAGGGCUACGGAAUGUAUCAGGAAGACUUUUAUAUACCUUACCACCAUUGUAGCAAGCAUGUUUCAACUAACGCCACCGAGUUAUCCAUGUAUCAGUUCUGAUGAUUUUGGUGCUACAUUAGUCUUUGUCUUAUUUAAAGCAAUAGUCUCGACUUUUGCCGUGUGAAAUGAGAUGCUUGUGAAAACUUUAACCAUAGGUCCAGGUGGUCUUAUCUUGUAUGAAGUUUUCUGUGAAAACAUCAGUCUUCUAACUUAAUUUAUGAGAUUUAAAUUAUUUUUUUUUACAGAGGAAAAGAGUAUAAACAUUGAAUGUUUGAGAUGUACGUAAAUAAAAAUGUUAGUGAUAUUUCAAUUGA